GUGCGUCUUUGAGGAUGCACGCAGGCACAGCCCGCCUUAUCAGUCUGCCCUCCCUCUGCCAUCAUUCAUUAUUAUCCCCCUUUUCCUUCCCACUAGCCUCACAGGUCGCCAUAACCUGCUCGAGACUUUUUACCCGCCGUUUGGUUUUUAACCCCACGGGUAACGUUUACCGAAGGGAGGCAGAGCAGUGUGUCGGUGGCCCCUCCCUCCUCUCCUCUCUACCAGACAGAGACAGACAUGCUCCACGGUGGGUGCUCGCGCUUCCCGCCUCCUUUUCCCCUCCGGGAGUCGAGAGGUCUUCAAAUGAGACCAUAAAGGGUUAAAUCUUCUGACAGACAGCAACCCGAGACUGACCAGACCGCAGACCUCCAACCGUGUUCCCACAGUAUGGUCAUGUCUGGUCUGACCAGGUCCAGCGGUGUACACAACGAUCACAGCGGUCCCAACCUGUCCUCGACCACGACCACGCACGGUCACCACCACCGCCACGACCAGAGCGGUGCGGUCACCGUGGACGGUUGUGGUCUACCUCCGGUCCUGGACUAUACAGCUGAGAUGGAGCGUUACCAAUCCUUCGCUAACUUCUACACUAAAACCAACGUGAAUAUGAACGCAGUAAACAGCAUGAACUUCCCUCAGUCGGCCAAGCUCGCCCGCAUCACCGCUCCCAUGUUCCCCGGCGGCAGGCUCGGAGUGAGCGUGACACCGUGGGGUUGUCACGACAACAUCAACAUGAAUAUGAACGUCAAUGCGGCGAUGCUUUGGGGGCGGAAACCUCCCGUGCAUCAGGCCACGCCCCUAGCGCCGCCCGCAACACACCCGUCGCCCUCGACAACGCACAUGCAGCCCCACCGGACCGGCGGCGUGGCGGGCGGUCAGGGUGGAGAGGGCAAGCAGCACGCAAGACAUGGAGGACACGCCUCCUCACAGGGACAGGAAAUGCAUCAUCAUCACGGGAAUAACAACUUCCAGUCCGGCUAUGCUGCCGCCGAUCACAUGACCAAAGUGGGCCAUGCCCACCAGGACAUGCUCAGCCUAUCGAAUCGCAGCAGCGGUGGCAACGGAGGAGGAGGCGGAGUCAACGGGGUCAACAUGUCCAACUUCCCCGCCGGGAUGUUGGGGUUACCACCCGGGGUCAUCGUCAUGGCGAUGGGGUCGCACAAUAACAUUUCGGACUCCUCCCACUUCCAGAUGGCGACCAAUCAUAACCAACUGCUGUCGGACUGUCACCACGCCAACCAGACAAACUCCUCCCCCUGCCCUUCGACCUCGCCGGGGAUGACCUCUGGGGGUCAGGGGUCAGGAGCCUCCAAGAGGAAGAGGAAGCGGUGUGGAGUGUGUGCUCCCUGCAGACGGCUGAUUAACUGUGGGGUGUGUUCAGCCUGUAGGAACAGGAAGACGGGGCAUCAGAUCUGUAGGUUCAGGAAGUGUGACGAACUGAAGAAGAAGGCUGGGAGUAUACAGCUAGAGAGUUCUCCCUCGGUGCAAAGUGGAGAAGCUUUCAGAUGGUUCUUCUAGAUGUCGGACCACAACCUCCCUCCAACGUGACCACAACCUCCCUCCAACGUGACCACAACCUCCCUCCAACGUGACCACAACCUCCCUCCAACGUGACCACAACCUCCCUCCAACGUGACCACAACCUCCCUCCAACGUGACCACAACCUCCCUCCAACGUGACCACAACCUCCCUCCAACGUGACCACAACCUCCCUCCAACGUGACCACAACUUAACCUGAAUAGUGUAGUCUAACCACUACAGUGGACUACACUACUACUAUACUACAGUGGACUACACUACUACUAUACUACAGUGGACUACACUACUACUAUACCACAGUGGACUACACUACUACUAUACUACAGUGGACUACACUACUACUAUACUACAGUGGACUACACUACUACUAUACUACACUACUACUAUACUACAGUGGACUACACUACCAGGACAAUACAAAACCAGGACAAUACCAGGUAUAAAACCAGGGCGAACCGUUGGACCAUCAUUUAACUUAACCAUGGAUGAUGUUAUCAUGGAUUAUAACAAGGGUUCUUUUUUGGAACUCUGAAUACAAGUAUUGUUGGACCAAAACUAACUGACUGGCAAAGGAACAGAACUUUAAGAACUCUAGAAGGUUCCGCUCAUUUCCUCAUGUUCCAAGAGCAGUACAACUACAGAGCUGUCAGGAAUCAUCACAUAAUAUUCCAGAAACGUUUUGUUUCCAUCCCAAACAGCACCCUAUUCCCUAUAUCGUGCACUACUUUUGAAUUUUGCAUAUAGUGCAUUAUAUAGUGUAUUACUUUAAAAGUAGUACACUAUAUAGGGAAUAAUAGCGUGCCAUUUGGGACCCUUUUCAUUGAAUAAGCCCCUCCUCUCUAAACUGUCUGGGACCCUUUUCAUUGAAUAAGCCCCUCCUCACUAAACUGUCUGGGACCCUUUUCAUUGAAUAAGCCCCUCCUCUCUAAACUGUCUGGGACCCUUUUCAUUGAAUAAGCCCCUCCUCACUAAACUGUCUGGGACCCUUUUCGUUGAAUAAGCUCCUUCUCUCUAAACUGUCUGGGACCCUUUUCAUUGAAUAAGCCCCUCCUCUCUAAACUGUCUGGGACCCUUUUCAUUGAAUAAGCCCCUCCUCACUAAACUGUCUGGGACCCUUUUCAUUGAAUAAGCCCCUCCUCUCUAAACUGUCUGGUACCCUUUUCAUUGAAUAAGCCCCUCCUCUCUAAACUGUCUGGGACCUUUUUCAUUGAAUAAGCCCCUUCUCUCUAAACUGUCUGGGACCCUUUUCAUUGAAUAAGCUCCUCCUCUCUAAACUGUCUGGGACCCUUUUCAUUGAAUAAGCUCCUCCUCACUAAACUGUCUGGGACCCUUUUCAUUGAAUAAGCCCCUCCUCUCUAAACUGUCUGGUACCCUUUUCAUUGAAUAAGCCCCUCCUCUCUAAACUGUCUGGGACCCUUUUCAUUGAAUAAGCCCCUCCUCUCUAAACUGUCUGGGACCCUUUUCAUUGAAUAAGCCCCUCCUCUCUAAACUGUCUGGUACCCUUUUCAUUGAAUAAGCCCCUCCUCUCUAAACUGUCUGGGACCUUUUUCAUUGAAUAAGCCCCUCCUCUCCAAACUGUCUGGGACCCUUUUCAUUGAAUAAGCUCCUCCUCUCUAAACUGUCUGGGACCAUUUUCGUUAAAUAAGCUCCUCCUCUCUAAACUGUCUGGGACCCUUUUCGUUGAAUAAGCCCCUCCUCUCUAAACUGUCUGUGACCCUUUUCAUUGAAUAAGCCCCUCCUCACUAAACUGUCUGGGACCCUUUUCAUUGAAUAAGCCCCUCCUCUCUAAACUGUCUGGUACCCUUUUCAUUGAAUAAGCCCCUCCUCUCUAAACUGUCUGGGACCCUUUUCAUUGAAUAAGCCCCUCCUCACUAAACUGUCUGGGACCCUUUUCGUUGAAUAAGCCCCUCCUCUCUAAACUGUCUGGGACCAUUUUCGUUAAAUAAGCUCCUCCUCUCUAAACUGUCUGGGACCCUUUUCGUUGAAUAAGCCCCUCCUCUCUAAACUGUCUGUGACCCUUUUCAUUGAAUAAGCCCCUCCUCACUAAACUGUCUGGGACCCUUUUCAUUGAAUAAGCCCCUCCUCUCUAAACUGUCUGGUACCCUUUUCAUUGAAUAAGCCCCUCCUCUCUAAACUGUCUGGGACCCUUUUCAUUGAAUAAGCUCCUCCUCACUAAACUGUCUGGGACCCUUUUCGUUGAAUAAGCCCCUCCUCUCUAAACUGUCUGGGACCCUUUUCAUUGAAUAAGCUCCUCCUCACUAAACUGUCUGGGACCCUUUUCGUUGAAUAAGCUCCUCCUCACUAAACUGUCUGGGACCCUUUUCGUUGAAUAAGCUCCUCCUCUCUAUUGUCUGUCGCAUGGAUAAUAACGUGUUUUGGUUUUUGAAAGGUUCCAAAACGUUUGUAUAUUAACGUUGUGAUUCCUCCAUGUGUCGAGUAAUAAAAAAGUUUGAAAUAA